AUGUCGCUGCUCAAUCAACUCUUCAACCGUGGUGUCUUUGGCGCGAAAUGGUUUCUCCUUCUUCUUCUUCUUCUUCGAUCCAUUCCCCCACAUUCCCGCUUCAAAUUCUGCUCUUUCGCUGCUGCCUUUACCAAGACAUGCUUGAACUUGGCGAUUGCUCGGAUGAAAUUGCUGCAAAACAAGAGGGAUAUGCAGCUCAAACACAUGAAGAAGGAGAUAGCUCAGUUCUUACAAGCUGGACAGGAACCCAUCGCUCGAAUCAGGGUGGAGCAUGUGAUCAGAGAAAUGAAUUUAUGGGCAGCCUAUGAGAUACUGGAGCUGUUCUGCGAGUUUGUACUUGCCCGUGUCCCAAUCCUUGAAAGUCAAAAGGAAUGCCCGAGAGAGCUGAGAGAAGCUAUAGCUAGCAUCGUCUUUGCUGCUCCAAGGUGCUCAGAAGUGCCUGACCUUCUUCAACUUAAGAAUCUGUUUGGUACAAAGUAUGGGAAAGAGUUUAUCAUGGUUUCCUCUGAGCUCCGUCCUGAUUCUGGUGUCAAUCGUACUAUCAUUGAAAAGCUUUCUCCGGCUAGUCCAUCGGGAGAGGCAAGGCUCAAGGUUUUGAAGGAAAUCGCAAAGGAGUACAAUUUGAAUUGGGAUUCUUCUGCCACAGAAGCAGAGUUCAUGAAGAGCCAUGAAGACUUACUGGGUGGAGCUAAGCAAAUACAUGGGCAAGAUAGUCUCUCUGAAUCUCGACCAUCACAACAAGGCCUCACGCAGUCUUCGGUUUCUAGGGAAGCUGGGAUUCUGCCUGCAGAGGCCACACUGAGACUCGAGAAGCUUCAAGCUCAAAACCCAGCGACCAAAAACAUGUCACCAUCAUCUAAGCUGACUCCAGCUUCGCAAGCGGCUCCUGACACUAGACGGGAUCAGACUGAUGUGAUGGAGAUAGCUCGGGCUGCUCUAGCAAGCGCUGACCGUGCAACAGCAGCUGCUCGUGCUGCAGCACAGCUAGUGAAUGUCUCUUAUGGGGCUGCACCCAUAGUACUAGCAGCAGAAGGGAAGCCCUCAAACUUAAUGUAGUAUGCCACGUCACCAUUUGUGAAAAAAAAAUGGGAACUGUAUUUGCUUUUCAUACAUAGAACUAUAGAAAAGAAGGAUAAAGAUGUUUCCUUUGGGUGCAUAGGUUUGGAAAUGAGUAUGCUGAAGAAUAUUGGUAGUUUACGCUGAGUUGUGUGACUUGUAAAAUCUAAAAGUAACUAAUCGAAAUCGGUGAUUUAAAUAUUCUUUCAAGAAAAUGAUUACCCUUGUCUAUAAUUAGUUGUAGUAAACUACUUUUAAGAAUUGUAAUCAG